AUGCUUCAUCAAAUGGUCACUGUCCCUACAGAAUAUCUAUUCCAUGAAGCCAUUAAAAAGAAAUCCUAUACCAACCUUGUAGAGGCUCGUCAGAAAGCUGAAGUGGUAGGCCAAGAAGCAGACUUACAAGAAUCACUUCGAAAUUUUGUCCGCCAACAAUGCAAUGGCGCAACCCCUAUUCAUGGCAAGUGGAUGCCACUGAGGCCUUUACUUUGGAACUCAACUGCACCAUUAUUGCUGGAUCUGGAAAGACUUUGGCUUAUGUUAUGCCGUCCUUCAUACAGAAGCUCAGCACUGACCAUCAACGAAGUCCUUGCAUACCAUAUUUUUGUGUCAAUGAUGGGCUCGUGA